CUUUUAGUACAGAUGCACACCGCCAUGCGCUCCGGACACGGCAGUGCGGGGGGAAGAGACGGACCAGACGGCACCAUGACCGCACCGAGCAACUCCUACGACGUGAUCGUGGUCGGCGGAGGAAUAUCGGGUUUGAGUGCAGCGAAGCUGCUGCAAGCCAACGGGCUGAGCCCUGUGGUGCUGGAGGCCAGGGAUCGGGUUGGCGGUCGCACCUUCACCGUGCGGAAUAAGGAGGUCAAGUGGGUUGACUUGGGCGGAGCUUACGUCGGACCGACUCAGAACCGCAUCCUCCGGUUGGCCAAAGAGUACGGCAUCGACACCUUCAAGGUCAACGAGCAGGAGAGUCUGGUGCAUUAUGUCAACGGGAAAUCGUACCCAUUCAAAGGCUCCUUCCCUACUGUGUGGAACCCCCUGGUGUUGUUGGACUUCAACAACCUGUGGAGGACAAUGGACGACAUGGGCACGGAGAUUCCCAGAGAGGCGCCCUGGAGAGCUCCCCAUGCUGAGGAGUGGGACAAGAUGACCAUGCUGGAGCUGUUUCAGAAGAUUUGCUGGACCAGACCUGUUCUCAACUUUGCAAAGCUGUUUGUCAACGUGAACGUGACCUCUGAACCCCACGAGGUGUCGGCUCUGUGGUUCCUCUGGUACGUGAAGCAGUGCGGAGGAACCAUGAGGAUCUUUUCCACCAGUAACGGAGGACAGGAGAGGAAGUUUAACGGCGGCUCCGGUCAGAUCAGCGAGGGCAUGGCCAGGGAGCUGGGAGACCGAGUGAAGCUGCAGUCCCCGGUGUACCGGAUCGACCAGAGCGGAGACGUGGUGGAGGUGGAGACGCUGGACAAGCAGACCUACACGGCCAAGUACGUGAUCAUGGCCACGCCUCCCUCCCUGAACAUGAAGAUGCACUUCAACCCCGAGCUGCCCCCUCUGAGGAACCAGCUGAUCCAACGCGUCCCCUUGGGCUCCGUCAUCAAGUGCAUGGUCUACUACAAAGAGAACUUCUGGAGGGCUAAGGGUUACUGUGGCACCAUGGUGAUAGAAGACGAAGGCUCUCCUAUUGGCCUGACCCUGGACGACACCAAGCCGGAUGGGACCAAACCCGCCAUUAUGGGAUUCAUCCUCGCCCGCAAGUGCAGAAAGCUCUCCGUGCUGACCAAAGAGGAGAGGUUGAAGAAGAUCUGCGAGAUCUACGCCAGAGUGCUGGACUCGGAGGAGGCUCUGCAUCCGGUGCACUACGAGGAGAAGAACUGGUGUGAAGAAGAGUACUCCGGGGGCUGCUACACGGCCUACUUCCCCCCAGGGAUCCUGACCCAGUACGGCAGGGUGCUCAGGGAGCCGGUCGGCAGGUUGUACUUUGCAGGCACGGAGACGGCCACCGAGUGGAGUGGCUACAUGGAGGGGGCCGUGCAGGCCGGAGAGAGAGCGGCCAGAGAGGUCCUGUGUGCUCUGAAUAUAAUUAACCAGAGUCAGAUCUGGCAGACGGAGCCCGAGUCCCUGGAAGUCCCGGCGCUGCCCUUCGACACCAGCUUCUGGGAGAGGAAGUUGCCUUCAGUCGGCGGCCUCCUCAAGCUCGUGGGAGUCUCCAGCUUCCUGUCUGUGGCCGCUGCAGCCGGCCUGCUGGCCUACAAGAAGGGCCUCCUCCCCCGGAGUUAAAGGGCCCACAGCCGUCAUCUCACUCACUCCUCUGCACCUCGAAGGGUGCACGUCUCCACAGACACUCCUGUACCUCGAGAGCACUACUUUACGGCCCACACUCCAAAGCAGUGAACUACGUCCAGUAUAGGGGGGGUGUUCUUUAAGAAACACCAGUCACACGUACGGAACACCAAUGCUGUUCUCAAAAGAAAGAGUGAGACAAAGUGAUUAGGAGUGAAGAGAGAAGGAGAGCGAACUUCAGUUUAAAUCUACAAAUAAUCUGAGAUUCAGAUUUUGUGAAACCAAUCAAGGAAAAAGAACAUAAUCAAUUUAAAAAAGGAUAUAUAUAUAUAUAUAUGUAUGUACUGUAUAUAUACAUGUGAGUUUAACGACUCGUCAUGCUUUCUCUGUGUGUAUGAGCUUUGUUUGUAUGCAUGUGCACAUGCUUUGGUGACCAUGCAUUUGCGAGUGAGUUUGUCAGUUGUGUACAAAGUGUGUGUGUGUGUGUGUCUAAUUACCUCUGCUGGUUAUAGGUGCUAAUUCCUUCUGUCCGAGCAGCUGUCGCUGGUUGUUGAGAUCCAGUAACAUCAGACUAGAGGAGAGUGGUGCCGUUGCCCAUCACAAAAUCACAGACAAGGUCCAUUUUUCUAUAUUCUUCUUUUUGUCAACUAAUCUCAUCAAUACUUUUAUUGUUUACGUCUACUGAGUAUCGUCUGUGUAUCCAAAGCUGGAUUUUAUCUUCUUCAUCUGCACUUAAAUGACCCACACGGUUGCACAUUGUGACGUUUAGGGUAAGAGGGUUAGAGGGUUAGAGUUAGGGGGUUAGGGUUUCUGGGCACUAUUUUAUGUCAAUCCCACACAGUGUGUAAACCUACUACUGCAAACACUCAAUGCCACUAAUCGGUAUCUGUGGUAAAUACUCCUCUCCUCAUUCUUUUAAGCGGUGUUGGAGACAGAACCACCAAAAUUAUGCAAAUCUUGUGUUUAUUCGCCCCCAACAGCCGAAGUGACUGUACAAACAACAGUUGUUUUUGUUCCCUGGGAGGAGAUAAACCGCAGAAAAAUAAAAUUGAGAGAGUUCUCGCUUUACUUUCUGCAGUUAGUCUCCUUUAAACCUCUUUUCCCCUGUGCAGUGAUGAAGUGAAGUCAAAACCACCUCGGGAUGAAUUCAAAUAUAAAAAUAAAAAAAUCAACUCGCCCAUCAAGCCAAGUCCACUUAAAAUAGUCCCAAUGCACUAUUCACUCCUGUUUGAGUACCAUUCAACCUUUAACCACACAUGUCAAGAGAUGUACAGUACAUCUUCAGGAGUGGCGGACAGGGGCGGGACGUUAGAACGUAUUUAGAGACGGAGAAAAAUCAUUUGUAGUUUACAUGGGAUUUUUUAGCAGUGAGAAACAAAAUAAGAGAAAUGCACUAAAAGCCUUGUCCUUUCAUUAAAACUUGUAUUUAGGGGUAAUGGAGUCCUACCAAGCUGCGCUGUUAUCUUUUGGUAAAUGUAAUGGAGGCAUUUGAAUGUAUUUUAUUCAAACUAGAUAACAUUAUCAAACAUUACUUAUUCUCAUAAUUACAGUAACACAGUGGAGGGUGUUGUCGUCAACUAAACAGCACAAUGAGACAUUUGUUUAAAAUCUUAUUAUUGGAAGACAUUUUCUAGCACUCUGAAGGCCUCCAAAAAUAAUAGUGUUACUAACACUUACAUUAUGGCGCCUAACCGAUGCUUUACUGUACCACUGCUAACGCGUUUAAAGCAUGCAAGAUGUAGCUCUUGUUUUGUGCGAGUACAUUUCAGAUUUAUUAAGCGGCACAGAAAAUUAGCCUCUUGGUGAAAUACAUUUAGGAAAGAACCGGAUAAUCAUUCUCACAAAGAUUAUGCAGACAGUUUGUAGAAACAGAAUUCUUGCAACACAAUUCUAAAAAACACGACAGAGUACUUGCACUAAAUGGUAAUUGUUGCUUCAACAACAAUCCCCCAUGAGUUGCACUUAGAUUUCAGCACUUGUGUGUGUGUGUGUGUGUGUCUUGUUUUUCUGUUGUGCCUUAAUGGAAGUCCUAGUGUUUUUUGUCAUUUCUCUCAAGUGCCUGUGUGAUUCUGCACUGGAAAAUAGAUGUCAGAUUGACUGCGGUCAUGGGGUUAAUCCUCGGUAACCAUCGAUACACGGCGACGAGCAAGACGACCCCGUGUCCCAAAAUAUAACCCCUCCAUGUCUAAGCGUCCCCCUGUACCUGAGUUACGUCCUCAGUAUAAACCACUCAGGUAAGGCCAGGCUGAAGGUGCCAGACGUGAAUAAGCGAGCUCAGACUGUUGAGUUGAUCCAAAUGCUUAUCUCCAGUGAAGCCAAGUCUGUGUGUGUUUUGAAUUGUGAUUCCAGUGUUUUACUAUGUGUCUCCCUCCUCCAUUUAUCCCAGCACAUACACUCACAUUAAAAAAAAAAAAAUUCUCUGAAAUGUUUCGACUCUGCCGACACAUCCGAUCUGUCUUCAAUUCUUUUGUGGAGAACGCGGGACCGGUCCUCCGCCCCUCUGUGCAUUCGAGACUUUACCUGUGAUCCCCGUUAUUUGAUGUCUUCCAUUCCUCAAAACAAAGCUCUUGAUGUUCAAAAGAGAAGGAAAAAUGUGAAAUAAAUCUACUAAAAUAAAUCGUCUUGAACCGAA